AUGCCGAAAGACAAUCGCGGCCUAAGCGGCGUUCGCGCCACGGCCGUCUUCCUACUGCUCCGCGCGUGGUACUGCGAAGCCGCGCGUCCGCUGCGUCCGUACGAAGCGCCGCUGGUCGCGCCUUUCGUCGCGCCGGAGGCGUUGAUCAAAUGGCAACCCGCGGAGUGGUCCAUCGCGCUCGCCCCGUCGUCCGAAGAUCCAUACGUUCCAUCGACGAACGCCGACGACGCCAUCGUCGCCGAAUCACUCGAUCUCACCGACGAAUCGCUCGAUCUCACCGACGUUUCGCGCGUCUCCCACGGCCACGCGGCGCGUCUCUGGCGCGCGUUCGCGAAUCGCGCCCGCGACGUCUCCAUCGAACCCAUCGCCGCCGCGGUCGCCAUCAAGCGCGAGGGUUGGACCGGCGGCUCGAUACAAUCUUCCGCUUCGUUCGCCGUCGUCGACGACGCGCGCGAUUGA